CCUCCGGCUUGAUUUGUGCAUGUUUUUUUUUAACUUGAAAGCGCGAACGAUUCGCCAGCAUCGCCGAACGAACUGAUUCUAGGCUAUUUUUCGUCGCGACUGCAGACUGUGGCUCAGGAUGACGAUACGUAGUGGAUAAAUACGUAGUACGGAAUCGCCAGUGGAACGAGACCAUCUUCUGUGUUGCUGUUGAUUGACUCCUACGCGUGUCGUACAUCUUCCCCUCCAGAUCCCCGCCGCUAUAAAGUGAAUUAAAACGCCGCGUUUAUCACAAAUUUCUACGCGAUGACGGACGACGGGACGGUCGAAAAGGAAAAACACAUGAAGCAAUUGAAGCGAAAGAUGGAAUGCUGGCGGGAGAUAAUCCUGCCUUUAAAUUCCAUUCUCUUGUGGGAACGCAGCUGGCAUCCUGGAUUAAUUGUCGGGCUUGUAACAGUGAUAUUUUGUGCUAUAUGGACUCUAGAACCAGCUCUUCUGACGAUGAUAUCUGUAUGUCUGUUAGUAUUCGCUCUUGUUGAUUAUCUUGUGCCGAUUUUGACUUCGGUAUUAUGCAACGCACAAAGUUGGACUGGACAGAAGGAGAAGAAAUUAAUUGAGAUUUGUCAAAAUCUCUCUUCCACUAUAUUGCAAUUGCAAAGUGCAUGGACGUCUAUCUCGAAAAUUCGACACGAUCGUCCCAAUAUUUAUUACAGUGCAACGAUCCUCUUUCUCAUUCUUUUCGCCUGGAUCGGUAACACUAUCAAUAAUUUACUUCUGCUUUACAUCAUAGUGGUCGUGGUUCUUCUCAUGCCAGGAUUCAGACACAAAGGACGAGCGCGCUGGGCUGUGAAAUAUGUAUAUGAUCACCUAGUUCGUCGUCAUUUAUCAUAAUCGUUAUUUUGUAUGUAUCUCGUGCCCACCGAAACUUGUCGUUUUACAUACUUUUAAUCCAUGCUCUCUCAAUAUAAAUUUCUUCAUAAUACUAUGAUAUGAUAUACGAUUUUAGAUGUAUAUUCACCUAAUGCGCGUAUAUAUUUACGCGUCAGUUUAAGAAGAGUAGUCAAAAGGUCUUCGCUUCUAUCGAUACAAAUUUUAACAGCUGAGAUUUAGUUACACAUUUUAAUUUUGUUGUUGAUGCCUACUAUCUCUCUCUUGUCAUAAAUAUCUUACAAUUAGCAAUGAUCUAAUUGUUAAACAUCUAUUAACAAGACACAUGAUGUUUUAGCUCAGAAAUA